CACUCUCGUCCAAGACAGCGAGGAUUCUUUCUUGGUGGAGGGGCCGACUCAAACGGCACUCAUCUUCAAAGGAAGCUCUUACUAUUGUUUAAAUACGUCGCUCCCUUUCUUAUUUGUUUGUUUUCUCGGGACUACGCUUAUUCUUCAACCACGAGUUCUCUUCACAUUAAACACCUGCUUUUUAGCAGUGGAAUCUCUUUUUCAACAUGGCUCCGAAGGACACAUUUUUCCGCUCGGCGGACAUGAGCUUGACUCAGCUCUAUAUUGCAAAUGAAAUCGGCCGGGAAGUCGUGAGCGCCUUGGGUGAGGUUGGAGAGGUGCAAUUCCGAGAUCUUAACCCCGACACGAAUGCGUUUCAACGAACUUUCACCAAAGAAAUUCGCCGCCUUGACAACGUCGAGAGACAGCUACGAUAUUUCUCGGCGCAAAUGGAAAAGGCAAACAUUGCCAUGCGUUCAUCAUCCGAAUUCGCCAAUAUUUUGGCCGCGCCAUCCGCUGCCGAAAUUGACGAGUUAGCGGAACGCAGCGAAAGCUUGGAACAGCGUGUUGUAUCGUUGAACGAUAGCUACGAGACGUUGAAGAAGAGAGAAGUUGAACUCACAGAAUGGCGCUGGGUUCUGAGAGAAACUGGUGCUUUCUUUGACCGCGCUCACGGUCAUACCGAGGAAAUUCGACCAUCAGUCGACGGCGAAGGCGAUGAGGCUCCACUCUUGCAGGACGUUGAACACCAGAUCUCUCGUGGCCAGAAUGGUGAUACCCAAGGUCAGCAAUCUUUCUCUGUGAUGAACAUUGGCUUUGUCGCUGGCGUCAUUCCGAGAGAUCGUAUUGGCUCUUUCGAACGCAUUCUGUGGCGUACAUUGCGAGGAAAUCUUUACAUGAAUCAAUCCGAAAUCCCAGAACCGAUUAUCGACCCGACAACUAACGAGGAAGUCCACAAGAAUGUAUUCGUUAUCUUCGCCCAUGGAAAGGAGAUCAUCUCAAAGAUUCGAAAGAUUUCUGAAUCUCUCAGCGCCAACCUCUACAAUGUUGAUGAGAACAGUGAACUAAGGCGGGAUCAAAUUCACGAAGUCAAUACUCGUCUUGGUGACAUUGAAAGUGUUUUGAGGAACACAAAAAACACUUUGGACGCUGAAUUGACUCAGAUCGCCCGUUCCCUCGCUGCUUGGAUGAUUAUUGUUAAGAAAGAAAAAGCCGUUUAUCAUACGCUGAAUAAAUUUUCGUACGACCAAGCGAGAAAGACUCUGAUUGCCGAAGCAUGGUGCCCAACUAAUUCCCUCGCAUUGAUCAAAUCGACACUGCAGGACGUCAAUGAUCGUGCUGGGCUGUCAGUUCCCACUAUUGUUAAUCAGAUCAAAACAAACAAAACGCCUCCCAGCUAUGUCAAGACCAACAAGUUUACUGAGGCGUUCCAAACCAUCAUUAACGCUUACGGUAUUACUAAGUAUGGCGAAGUCAACCCUGGUCUACCUACAAUUAUUACCUUCCCAUUUCUUUUUGCUGUCAUGUUCGGUGACUUUGGCCAUGGUCUUCUCAUGACGUUGACGGCCGUUGCGAUGAUCACCUUUGAAAAGAAACUGCUUCAAACAAAGCUAGAUGAGCUUACCUACAUGGCAUUCUACGGUCGAUACAUUAUGUUGCUGAUGGGAAUUUUCUCGAUAUAUACUGGCCUGAUCUACAACGAUGUCUUCUCAUUGUCGUUCGAUAUUUUCCCCAGUCAAUGGGAAUGGCCCCACGACAUUGAGAGUGGAAAGGCUGUAGUAGCAUCACUUAAGCCCGGCUAUCGUUAUACAUUUGGGUUGGAUUGGAACUGGCACGAAGCAGAGAACGCGCUUCUUUUCAGCAACAGCUACAAGAUGAAGUUGAGUAUUCUCUUGGGAUGGGCCCACAUGACAUACUCUCUCUGCAUGCAAUACAUCAAUGCACGUCAUUUUAAAUCUAAGGUUGACAUUUUCGGAAAUUUUAUUCCGGGUAUGAUCUUCUUCCAAUCUAUUUUUGGGUAUCUCGUUAUCACGAUUGUCUACAAGUGGUCCGUAGAUUGGAAUGCUCGUGGAGUCUCGCCACCGGGUCUCCUCAACAUGCUCAUCUUUAUGUUUCUUAGUCCUGGAAGUGUAAGUCCCGAAGACCAGCUCUACCCAGGACAGGGCAAAGUACAAGUUAUCUUGUUACUUUUGGCGGUGAUUCAAGUGCCUAUUAUGUUAUUUCUUAAGCCAUUUUGGCUUCGUUCCGAACACAACCGGGCAAGAGCUCUAGGGUAUCGAGGACUCGGUGAGCAAUCCCAUGUCAGCGCAUUGGAUGAUGACGGAGACUUGAACGGACGCCCAUAUAAUGGGCGUGACAGUCUAGCAAGUGAUGGCGAGGGUGUUGCGAUGAUAGCGCAAGAUCUUGAUGAGGGAGAGCAUGAGGAAUUUGAGUUCUCAGAUGAGAUGAUUCACCAAGUCAUUCAUACAAUUGAAUUUUGUCUUAACUGUAUCUCACAUACUGCCUCUUACCUUCGUCUCUGGGCCUUGUCUCUUGCUCACCAACAGCUUUCAAUUGUGCUUUGGAAUAUGACUCUUGGGGGUGCUUUCACUACUGAGGGCACUGUUAUGCGUGUCAUCAUGAUUGUCGCCACUUUUUACCUCUGGUUUUUCUGUACUGUGGCCAUCCUCUGUGUCAUGGAAGGAACGAGUGCCAUGUUGCAUUCGCUGCGUUUGCACUGGGUUGAAGCUAUGAGCAAACAUUUUAUUGGUGACGGCAUUCCCUUCCAGCCUUUCAGCUUCAAGACUCUCCUUGAAGAAGAUCCUGUCGACUGAGGGUCUCUUGGCUUUCUCUAUUAUCUCCCGUUGUUAUAAUACUGUCUUAUAGCUUUAGAAAUAAAUAUAUAUGUCGCGAUCAGUAUCUCAUCGGAGAUGUGUUGAUGGUCUAGUUUUCAAUGUUUG